GAGGCGUGUUCGCGCGGGGCGCGGCCCUGUGAGCUAGUGGGGCGUCUCCCGCCGCAGAGCGGCGGCUGGGGUUUCGCGGAGCCCGCACCUGGGAGCGCACCGCGAUGGGGCCGGGCUGAGCCUCCCGCCGCCGCCCGCAGCCAAGCGAGCAGCGCGGUCCCCAAUGGAGGGCCCGGCGGAGCUCGGCGCCGAGGCGGUGCUGCGCUUCCUCGCGGAGCGCGGGGGCCGGGCCCGGCACGCCGAGCUGGUGCAGCACUUCAGGGGUGCCCUGGGCGGCGAGCCCGAGCGGCGCGCCCACUUCAAGGAGCUGGUCAAUGCCGUGGCCACUGUUCGCACCGACCCCGCCGACGGCUCCAAGUAUGUACACCUUAAAAGGAGGUUCUGCGAAGGCCCACAGUCACCCAAGGCCGCGCCCCCUCGGGACCUGCCCCGCAUUUCGGUGACUGCAGAGCCCGAGCCCCACGGAGGCGGUGACCCUGAGGAUUCGGACAACCCGGCCAACAGCCGGGAGAGCGGGUUGUGCCCUGAGGCGGGUCCGCGCAGUGAGGCCGGCGAUGAAGAGUCUUCCUCCGCCGCGCUUGGGCCGCCCCUGCACGGCGGGGCCCGGAGAAAGAACUCGCGGCGCGGCGCGCAGCCUCCGGCCCGAGCACCAACCCCCGAGCCCAGCGAGGACCUGGAACCCCAGCCCCAGGUCUGCGAGGAGGCGGACGGAGGGAGCUCUCCCGGGGGAACCACCACCCCCAGGUCUACUCGCCAGAACCUCCGGGACCUUGUGAUGGGUAACUCCCCGCAGCUGAAGAGGAGCUGCUCUGGGGGAGGACGCGGCAAAGGCGGGGGCGACUCGGACAGCGCUUCCGUUGCUUCGUCGUCGGCCGAGGAGGAGAUGAGCAGCGGGGCCUCGGUGACGCUGGACCCUUUAGAACACGCCUGGAUGCUCUCCGCCUCGGACGGCAAGUGGGACAGCCUAGAAGCGCUGCUCACCUGUGAGCCUGGCUUGCUGACCAAGCGGGACUUCAUCACCGGCUUCACUUGCCUGCACUGGGCAGCCAAGCACGGCCGACAGGAGCUCCUGGCCAUGUUAGUCAAUUUCGCCAACAAACACCAGCUGCCAGUGAACAUCAACGCCAAGACGAGUGGAGGCUACACCGCCCUGCACUUGGCAGCCAUGCAUGGGCACGUGGAGGUGGUGAAGUUGCUGGUGGGGGCCUACGACGCAGACGUGGACGUGAGGGACUACAGUGGGAAGAAGGCCUCGCAGUAUUUGAGUCAGAGCAUCGCGGAGGAGAUCAAGAACCUGGUAGGAGCCCUGGACGAGGACGAUGGUGAAAGUGCCACAGGCAGCGGGGGUGGGCGCUGGAGGCUUUCAAAAGUGCUUCCUUCCCACCUGAUCACCUACAAACUCUCGCAUGUCCUGGAGGAUGGAGGGGAUCACCACCACCACCACCACCACCACCUGGCUGAGGGAUCUGCAGGAGGCAAAGCAAAGGACCCAGGUCGCAAAGCCUCUGGCAGCUCUAGUGGGCGAAUAAAACCCAGACUCAACAAAAUCCACUUCAGAACCCAGAUCAUCCACACCACACCCUUUUUCAGAGAUCCGGAGCAGCCCCUGGAAGAGGGGGAGCAAGAAGAAGAGGAUCGAUCUCUUAAAGGCCACUUACCCUCAUUCAAAUUGAGACCGAAGUCCAAUGUAUUUGGAUAAAAAUAAUUUUUUAGAAAAUUCUAAGGGUUAUUUGUCUGAACUACAAUACUAGAGGCAGGCGAGUAAACGAGACCAGAAAAGACUUAGGCUAAAUCAGGCAUUCUGGCUUUGGGGGGUUGGAGUCGGGGAGGGCUGAAGGAGGGGAGUUUCGCCUGCCUACUAUUCUGAGUGAGGUGGCUUUCCAAACGAUUCAUCAAACCUUGCCCUAGGCUUCUUUUCUCCAUGCCAUUCCUCUGUUUGUAAAGACUAUAGAUGUAUCUAAAUUGGAGGUACAGAAUUGAUGACUGAGGGUUUCUUUGAUUUGACCAUUAUUGGAUGCCAUGCUAAGUGAGGAAUAUUGCUCGUUCAUGAUUGUUAAAAGUGGUUACUCUUCCAAAAACAAAAUAUGCAAAUUGUAAUGAAACUGGUAAUAUUUGUUAAGUUUGAACAAAAACUAAUUACAUUUGCUUUUUAAGAUUUUUACAAAGGUCCAGGUAAGAGUUGAAAUGCAAAGAUUCUAAUUAGAAAAUGAAUAAAAAUGGGAAUCCUUUUGUAUUGUUAAGUGUUCACCUGUUUUUGAAAAGCAAUUUCAGCUUUCAUCACUGAACUAAAGAAAUAAACAACAUUCACUUUUAGUUAAUCUGCAGUAUGCUUUCCUCUUAACUAUCAUACUGCACUUAGUAUUAAGGUGCAUUACUAAUAACUAUCCAAAUUUUUAUUUAAAGAAAAUACCUUGAACAACCUACGGUACUUUUAAGUAAAAUAUUGCGUGUGGUUCCGAUUCUCACUGACUUGUUUUGCUAUUCUAAAAGUCUAAAUUUGCUGAAGUUUUUAUUCUGGGGUUAUAUAACCAUUCUUUCUAUUUGACAUGAUCCUAUUAUAGUUGAUGAAGCUUAUAUUUGAAGCCUACAGAACUGUUUCUGGUUUAGAUGAUUAGCAAAAAUUGGCAUAAGUACGUGAACCUAUGCUUCUCUCAAGUAAUUAUUAAAUCAAUCUAAGGUACACUUUUUGUUUUACUAAUAAAACAUGCUCAUAGUUUAUGCUUUUUAGCAAUAUUGUGCAAAUAUUUAAAAUACUAAAUCCUUUCAAUUUUUCAUUUUUUCCUUGAAUCUAAAUAGACAUACAGUGAAGUUAAUGAGAAGCUGGAUGGUAACUCUACCCAGUUAAAAAUGGCACUUUAUAAAAGGGAAAAGAGAAGAGAUUGUACUAUUUCUAUAUUUAAAUACUACUGGCUAUUGAAUUUCUUUUCAUGUAAGUGAAAAAUACCAGUCAUCAAAAUUAAAAACUUACACAUGAUUCUUAAUUACAUUCCAUUCAAAUACAUUAGUGUGAAUAUUUUAUAAUUGUAAAAUUUAACUCACAAGCAAAUUAAAUCUAUUUGUAGCAAGAUUCAAAACAACUUUCCUGGGAGACUAAUUCCACAAGUCCUUCUUUAGUUUUUUUGGUCUCAUUAUUGAUGAAACAAGUACCUGCAGCUUAUAGAGAUUAAGAGGUGAGUUGACUUGCAGAGUGAAUGAACCAAUAUAUGAAUUGUAUACCACUGCAGUCUUUAGAGAGGUCUUAGAUCUUUAAUUUCCCCAAGUCAUAGAAAUUUGUAACAAGUUUAUCACACAUCUCUAGAGUGAAUUUGUUUAAAGAUUAAUGAAUAUUCACAUAAAAAAUAUAAACUAUUAUCCAUUUAUGUGCCUUUAUUUUUUUAGGAUUAUGGAAAUGGGGCCAUAUACAUUUGAGAAGCACUUUUUCCAUACAUAUGGGUGAAAAUCUAAUUUUGUAUAAAUUAAAAGUAGAUUCCUUGAAGGUGAAAGCCACUAUUUGCUCUGAAUCUUAUACGCAUUACCUAUAUCUAGUGAAGAAUAAGCUAUACCUUCCCACUGAAGAAUCUUAUCUUUCAUUGACAUGUAAAGCUAAAGUGAACUAUAAAGAAUAGACACUUCAGAACCACCUCAAUAUUCUAUUAAACAAUCAGUAUUAAGCUCUUAAAUGUGUAUGUUACUAAUUGCACAAAAAUCUGUAAUUUGCUAGAUCUUUAGAGAUUGAGCUGAUAAUUCAUAUAACUUCCUUUUCACAGAGAUUUUAACUUUUCUGAUAAAAUUGACUUUAAAUUUUUAAAAAUCAUUCCUGAGGGAAAACUUGUACAUUCCUUGUCACAGUGUGCUCAUGUAGCAUUUUCAGCUACUUAAUUCUAAUUCCUCUUAUUUUUCAAUUUCCAAUUUAAGAUUAUACAGAGCAAAUUAUUUGUGUAAUUUGAUAUCUGUGAAGUUGUAUUUACCAUUAAUGGAAAUUAUGUCAGUUACUUAGAUGGAAGGAAACUCAAGAAUGUCUGUGUGUUCUUUUAUAGGUACAUUUGAAACUAAUGAAUGUAUGUCAUAGUUCUCUUCACAUUUAUGGUAUAUAAAAUGCAACCAGCUUAUAUAACUUGAAAAUCUGGUACUAUUUUAUUCAUACCUUAAAUUGGGGUGUCCAGGAUGCCUUGUCUUUUAUUUUUUAAAUAAGUGAAACUUUGGGAGCUUAGAAUGUAAAAUUUAAGGUUUGUUUUGUCAAAAUAAAAGGUUCAUACUAGA